AUGUCGUCAAUUUCACUUCGGAAAGGCGCAUGGGCAAUGCGAAUUGCUAGGUUGCUAUCUUCUGUACGUUUCAAAACGACGUUUGCACCAAACUUCAACGCAGCCAUAACCUCAUCCACCUCAUCUCUGCAUUUUGACUCGUACUGUGAACCCAGUGCUCAAGACCAUGUUUACUUCAACAACCGGAAAAUAGACAGCUUGAUCAAAUCCGGGGACUUGAACUCUGCCCUCAACUGGUUCGAUGAAAUGCUUGUAUACGACGUCGUUACCUAUAACUUGUUAAUUUCUGGGCACGGCCGAUAUGGGUUUCCACAACAGGCUUUUCACCUCUAUACUGAAAUGGUUUCACAAGGAAUUAGAGAGAGUGCUUUGACGUUUUCUUCUGUUUUGGGUAUUUGUGUUGACGCAGGGUUUUGUAGAGAAGGAAUUCAAGCUCAUUGCAGGGUGGUCUCACUUGGGUUCAGCUUGAAUUUGUAUGUGGGGAGCUCCCUUGUUGACCUUUAUUUGCAUAUGGGACUAGAGAAUGUAGCUUUGAAGUUGUUCGAUGAGUUGCCUGACCGAAACUUAGCCAUAUGGAAUUUGUUGUUACGUGGGUUUUGUGAAUUGGGUAGGGUGGAUGAGCUAUAUGGUAGGUAUUCUAGGAUGAAAUUGGAUGGUGUCGAACCAAAUGGGCUAACUUAUUGUUAUUUGAUUCGCGCAUGCAGUAAUGGGAGGCUCUUAGAUGAAGGAAAGCAGCUACAUUGCUAUGUUGUUAAGGACGGAUGGGUAGAGUCGAAUGUAUUUGUUGCCAAUGCUCUGGUGGAUUUAUACUCUUCUUGUGGGAGUUUGAUUGAUGCAACAGAAGCAUUUAAAGCUAUUCCAACGGAGGAUGUGAUUUCAUGGAAUUCAAUUGUCUGUGUCUGCACCGAAAAUGGUUUACUGCUUGAUGCUCUUGAAUUAUUUGCUAAGAUGCAGUGCUGGGAGAAGAGGCCAUCAGUCCGUUCCCUUGUUGGGUUUUUGAAUUUAGCUAGUAGGACUGGGAAUAUUGAACUUGGAAAGCAGAUGCACUCUUAUGUUGUGAAAUCAGGUUUUGAUCGUAGUGGGAGUGUUCAUAUUCAAUCUGCUCUGAUAGAUAUGUACGGGAAAUGCAGCGAGAUUGAGAGUUCGGUGUCCAUAUAUGAAAGUGUUCAUGAGAAAACUUUGGAGUGUUGUAAUUCAUUAAUGUCCUCUUUGUUGCACUGUGGUGUUAUUGAGGAUGUGGUGGAGAUGUUUGGUUUGAUGGUUGAUGAGGGAAUUGGUCUUGAUGAGGUUACUCUAUCUACAACCCUGAAAGCUUUAUCGGCAUCUGCCAUGGCAAGUUUGGGCAGCUGCAAAUUGGUACACUGUUCUGCAAUAAAAUCAGGUUUUGAAUCUGACAUCGUGGUUUCAUGUUCACUCAUCGAUGCAUAUGCGAGAUGUGGCCAUGUCAAGCUUUCUCGCCAGGUCUUUGAAGAACUUCCUUCACCUAAUGCCGUUUGUUUUACAUCGAUAAUACACGGAUAUGCCCGAAAUGGAAUGGGAAGUGAAGGUCUUCAUUUGCUCCAAGCAAUGAUAAAAAAGGGCCUGAAACCUGAUAAAGUGACAAUUUUGGGUGUGUUAAGUGGGUGCAACCAUUCAGGGCUGGUGGAAGAAGCAAGAGUUCUGUUUGAUUCAAUGAAAAAUCUGUAUGGGAUUUCUCCCGACAGAAAGCACUUUUCAUGUAUGGUUGAUCUUUUAGGCCGGGCAGGUUUGCUAGAUGAAGCUGAAGAGUUGCUGCAACAGGCACCAGGAAAUGGCGACUGUGUGAUGUGGAGCUCAUUGCUGCGAAGUUGUAGGGUACACAAGAAUGAACUAGUGGGAAGGCGAACAGUAAAAACUUUGUUGGAGCUUGACGUUGAAGAUCCUGAUAUUUGGUUGCAAGCUUCAAACUUCUACUCUGAAAUUGGAGAGUUUGACGUUACAAUGCAAAUGAGGGAAAUUGCAACAGCACGGAAAGUGAAAUGGGAGAUGGGUCACAGUUUGGUCGAGCUAAACAGUCACCGUCCGAUUUAG